AGAAGAUCUCGCCGUCGAUUUCCACAUGUGGAAUGUUCAAUACCUUGAAGAGCUCUGUUUCUGCUUCCGUCAACAAUGGACAUGAGCUUAUUCGGAGGCAGGACAAGGAAGGAGGAAGAAGAUCUUCAUCUAUGGAUAUCCGUAGCUUAUCACAGCCGUUGAUCUCCAGCGUCUCUAUAGCCUUUGUAUCAGUCUCGAGAUUCUCGAAACGGCUUAUCCUCAGAGUAAAAAGACCUUUUGGCAGUAACCCUUCAUCUGGAAACGAUUCAACGUCUUCGUUCCCUCCUUCGAUCUCCAGAUUUCGAAGAUUCUCCAGAUCUCUCAACCCCCACUCGAUCCUCGGCGUGAGCUUGUCGCAUAGGUUGAUGCACAGUGUUCGGAGAUUACUCGGGAAUCCCCCACCAGGGAUCGUUUCGAUUAGUGGGCAUUUGAUUAUGAACAGCGACAACAGAGAAGUGAGCCCGAACAAUUUCUCCGGCAAUGCUCGGAGAUUCUUGCAGUUUGAGAGUAACAUCGAAGAGAGCUUCGGCGUUGGGAGUCCUCCUUGCGGGAGGAUUUUCAGAUUUGGGCAAUCCCUAAUUUCCAGCGACUCGAGUGCGAUUCGAUCGUCUCCGAGUCCGGCG